AUGCAGCUUUGAAGCUCGGCAAGAGACUGAAUGUCAUAAUUUCGUCAUAGUUGAUUCUUCCCUAGAGUCCUCCAUGGAACGCGCACCAAGCGGUUUAGACGACUACAUCAAUUUAUCUACCGUGCUACGUAUGAUUACUUUCGAUGUUGAAACUUUGCGUUGACAUGCCUGUAAGGUCGUCUGAGUGGGCUUCUCUUAUGUUCAUAAUGACUGUCCUUGGUAUCAUUGAGUACCGAAAAGCAGUGAGGUUAGUUAUAAUUGACAGCACUGAAAAUUUUGACGAAGUCAGAUUGUGCGUUUUACACCAGGUAGGGUUAGCAGCCUCUUAUUGUCUCACAAUGAUGCGGUUUAGCAACGCGGCGACGGUUACACGCAGUCAAAAGAAGCACAGUCAUAUCUCCCUCUCAUAUGACCAAGAUGCGCAUACCGAGACCUCAAUCAUAUUAGGUAUUCCGGCCCAGAGUACUGAUCCACUCGGGUUCUACCGUCCCGUGGGCGAGUCCCUACCGGACGACGGGAGGGCGGCUGCGGCUCCCCGUCAUCCUCCGGCCCCUUGCAUCAAUCCCCGACGAUAUGCUCCCGGAAAAUUCGGAUCGAGUAAUCUGCAGCCGCCCAACUUUUGAGGAAAAUACCCAUAAACCAUGGAAUCGGAACCUUGUCAGUAUGUCAUCAAACAAUACAGGCGUCAUCCCUUUCCAAGAAUUUGGAAGCUGUGUGUCAAAAUACGAGAUCAGCAAAGGGCAACCGAGAUCGGGCAUCAUUUUUCAGACGAUUUCCUCAUGCCUGAUUCGAGCUAUUGGUGACGAGUUGGGAAGUAGAGUCUCAGACGGAAUGCUGUUCCCCGUCGCCUGGCACAACCAGGACCCUUGACGCGGCCCUCCCUUGGGGCUCACGGACUUAUAGUUCUCUCAUCGGAGGAUGAAAAAAAUCUUGUUCAGCGAUCAAUCAUGUGUCUCACGCGAGGAACCACUAC